AUGAACACCAAGAUGUACACAGUGACACCAGAAAGUCAAGCCCAGCCUCGUGUAAUGUCUCUUGUUUCUUCCGCAGCCGGUGACAAGCGGGCUGCUCGGCAGUCUUCCAAGCGCCUAGCAGUUGUGGCCGAGACCUCCAAAGGCCCACCGAAAAUCUUGGGUGCGGGCAAGCAACGCCAGACUUGUACUGUGUGCAUAGCAAGUUUUGAGGACGGGUUCUUUCUUUGA